ACUAUAAAACAAAUUGCCCAAAGAAGUAUAGAUACCUACUUGCUAAUCACUCCUCUGGCAGCCUGGCCGGAAUGACGGGGCUACUUCGUAGGAAAUUGGAAAAUUAAUUCAAUUUUAUUCAAUUUGUGAACCGUCACAUCAUUUGUCAUCAGAAACAUUUGCUAUCGGUUCAGACGGACCUAACUAGUCAUAGGCUAGGCAAAUGCAUGCCCAAGCGGUGGUGGCAGUCAAUGAUGCUGGUUGGCGCCGUUGACAUCGAUGGGAUACCCAUUCAUAACCAGCCACCGUAACGGCACCGGCUGGUCGGCCGGCCAGGCCAACCGAACGGGGUGAACCGGAUUGAGUUAGGAUUGUCGUGUUCCGUUUAAUUUACCUUACACUCGGAAUAGAUUAAUUACGUCCUCUGUGCAAGUGUUUCGGUCACCGAGGGCACUACUCGGGGCGCUACUGAUGGGAGUCCGUCUUCCGUGGCAUGGACAUGCUAAAAGCAGAUGUCGCCGCCAUGUUCGAAACAGUUGCUUUGCUUUGUACAGCUUUGUACGGAACAAGGCCCCGAACGACAUCGACGACGACGACGGUAGGUACCUAUACCAUUUACACGGUCCAACGUGAAACUGACACAUCUCAUCAAGAUAGAUUGUAAGGCUUGACUGCUCAGUUCAUGGUACUGUGUUAUCGGCGCUUGUCAUGUUUAUGCAAAGCUAAGGGCAGUAGUAGUGUGAGGGUGGAAGUGGUAGAUCCUUGCACUGUUGAGAGGAGCUAGAACCUGAACGAAUGACAGUUUUAGUUUGCAGGGCCAGGACCAAGAGCAGACCAUCGAAGUUAUUUAAAUAUUUAAAUUACCCUGAUGAGUUGUCAUGCCGUUAAUGGGAUAUGGUCGGGGUAUGGGUAUAAGGUUAUCGUUUCACUGCAACAGAUGCUUCUGACAGCGUGAGCACUAUGUAAUCUUUCUUCAGGUUACAAAUUCGUAUUACUAUAGAAGGGUUUAUGAAUUAAAUUUGUAUGAGCAUUAGGUUCUGAAAGUUUUGUGUCGGUUCCUUUUAGAAUUCACCUAGCAAUAAAAUUGAAGUCUUCAAAAUAUUGUGCACGAGUGAUGUACAUACAAAUCCCGGAAUGCAACUGAGGAAAUUUUCAAAAAUGGAUUACUAAUUUAACAUUUUUUCUAAAGAAAUUUUCAACUUAAUUACAGAAAAAGUAAAUCUUAAAGGUCAAAUGAACUCCUGGCAGAUGGUUUUGAAAAUGUAUCACGAGUUUCUAGGAGAACUUGAAGAUAGAACGUCAGCUCAAUUUUGUAAAAAAAAACAAUUUUAUUGUUUGAGGCCUAAUCUACGUUCCAGAACUAACUGUAUUGGAAGUAAGAUAACUAAGAAGUCGCGGUGGGCGUAAAGUGGGUAGCAUCAUGUUAUAGUAGUUCCGACUGUAUUCCUUCGAGUAACUUAUUUUUAUUCCGUUAUUUAUAAGCAUGAUUUGCUCAAACAUUAAGAUGGAUUCAUGUUACUAGAGCUACCGAAAUCCAUAAAAAAAACUUUUCCACAUUAGUUUCCCGCAAAACUUCCCGAAGUACCGAGCGAGCAGCGCAACACCACCGGUUCUUACUUGAUUGAGUUAUUUCCUGUUGUGAAUUCUCACGUGCCUCAGCGAACGUUAUCAGAACCGUUAGCCCGGACGGCGGAUUGUGCAGCAGCGUCGCGGCGUAACCUUAACCCACAGCAGAGCGUUCGGGUGUUUUGUAAACUUUCGUCUAGUUGGAGCAUUCCGCCGUGUUUCGACGCCAAAAUAGAUGCGAAUCAACAACCCGUCGCCCAUGCAAGUCUAUAAAAGUAGGUUGGUGCACAGAAGUUUCGCUUAUAAUUAAUUCACUUUCUUCGUACCGUGUGUAACGUCGACGUCAAUUUCCCCACUGCAACGCCCAACUUGAGUAGAGUUCAAGUUUAUUGCCAUUGUUCUCAAUGAAAUACAGCGGAGCUAUAGCAUGUUGUUUGUUGAUUGCUAUCGUAGCAGUUAAUGCUUGGCCCAACAAUAAGAGGGCAGAGGUUCGUGCUCACGUUCGCAACUGUGUGAAGAAAACCGGAGUACCUGGCAAGAAUGCUCUGCGGGUGCUGAAAGGAAAUUUCAACGACGACAGCGAUGAAGUCAAAAAAUUCAUGAAGUGCAUGUUCCAAGAAGUGGGUUUCAUCAAUGAGGCGGACGAGCUACUGGACAAUUUACUGAUAGCGAAAAUAAAAGAAAACUUGGAUGACGAUGAAGCAGAUGAGCUGAUCGAAAAGUGUUCUAUUGUCGGAGAUGACAUCAAUGAUACGGCGUUCCAGAUCUACAAGUGCUAUUACGAAAACCAUGAUCUACCUCCAGAUAUGCUAGUGUGAUAAUAAAAAACGUUUCUAAAAUGGUCUUUUUCUUUAAGUCAGCCUCUUUUGCUGAUUCUGGUA